AUGUCUAUUCCAUCGUCGUUUGAAGGCAUAGAGACAGACGAUGUCACUGAAAGACCUUGGAACCUUCCUCGACCAUCUUCGAAUGACGUCCCGUAUACAGUGUUGAACCACCCCAACACGGACGCACCAAUAAUCAACAUGCGCCAUAGUAAGUUGGCAACAGCCCCUCAUGCCUUCACGGAAGCUGAGACACUUCAGCAAAUACCGGAGCUAUUAGAAGCUCAUCCAUCGAAGCCAUCUGGUAGUAGCACGACGGCUACCGCUACCUGCUCUCAGCCAGCGUGCUUUAACACAGAAAAGUGUGGGUUAAACAUCCCAACGAAUAUUGUGAAGCGGCUUUUGGACACCUGCUCUGAGUGCAUCCCGGCAGCGAGGACAUCGAAGGUUUUAAAUAUGUCAUCGCAGCACAAGACGUUUAUAGUCUAA